AUAUGUACUGCUCCAGUUGCACACCUGGAAGUAAUUUGCCACGCAAUACUUACCCUGAAAACUUGCCUCUGGUUGAAAACCAGAACAGUUUUGGUUUUGCCUGAACUUCACUCACGUUUGAUUGAGCAUGUACUCCAAACGGAACUGAGCCAAGAGUCUGUUCCCCUUUUGGCAGAAAAUACUGCUUUGGAAUGCUAGCUUUCAGGAAGGAGUGUAUUUUCAGAGGGGAAAACCGUCGCCGGGUAAGAUGCUCGCUUGUCUGGUGGCAAAGCCAAAACUCUGACUGAAAAUGCUCCAUACAUGGAAUUCAGGCUUUGAGCAACUGAAAGCUACAACCUAAACGUUAGGCUGCUGUGCACCGAAGUACGAGCCAGUCUCUGAAACGCAACUAUGGGGAAAUUGCACGUUCUUUAAAGGCAGUAUUUUCCCCAGAGUUGUUAAUUCUAGUUCAUCUGCUGGAAAGCAUGGUGUUCCGCUUAUGUGUUAACAAAAUAAAGAUCAAGUUGCCAGGCCAGCUUCUGCAGCUUGCCAAUUACCUCUUGCUUCUCCUUCCUACUUCCAUGAGCUCACAAGACCUGACAUGAAUUAUCUGGAGCCUCAUCUUUUCCAGUAUUCUGAUACGCAAGGUACUAGAAGCUUCAGAGAAGAAAUUGCCAAAUUUCUGACUGACUAUGCCAGAGCUGCAAAAGCACUGAAUCCGGAACAUAUAACUGUUAUGAAUGGCUGUUGCGCUGUUUUUGCUACUCUGUCAACUGUAUUAUGUGACCCUGGUGAUGGAUAUCUUAUUCCAGCUCCAUACUAUGGUGGUAUAAAUUCGAAAACAUGGCUAUAUGGUGGAAUACAGCCUGUUCACGUGCCCUUGUCCAGUGAGGUGACUGACGAAGAAGGUCACCCUUUCCAGUUAACAGUUGAAAAAUUAGAAGCUGCAUUACAGAGUGCUAAAAAGCAGGUAGUUGCUUCCUGUAGCUGGAAUGAAAGGCAAUACACUGGCAUCCGAGUCAGAGCAUUAAUCCUGAUCAACCCCCACAAUCCGUUAGGGGACAUUUACCCAGCACAGUUACUGAAAGAAUGUCUAGAGUUUGCGCACAGAUAUGAAUUGCAUGUAAUAAUGGAUGAAAUAUACAUGCUGUCUGUUUACGAUGAUACCACCUUCACCAGUGUUCUUAGCUUAGAUUGUUUACCAGAUCCAGAACGGACACAUUUUAUGUGGGGUUUUAGCAAGGAUUUUGGUAUGAGUGGUAUCAGAGUUGGAGUAUUGUACACCAGAAAUCAUGAAAUUCGGAAAGCUGUGAAUCAACUGGCUGUCUUCCAUAGCUGUCCUGGACCUGUUCAGCAUGUUCUCAGUCAAUUCCUUAGGGACAGAGAUUGGUUGGAUAAUGUGUUUUUUCCCACCAACAAAAAGCGACUUAAAGAAGCGCAGAAUAUUCUUGUGGAUGGGCUUGCAGAUGUUGGAAUACCCGUGCUCAAAAGUUCGGGUGGACUCUAUGUAUGGGCGGACUUCAGAAAAUUCUUAAAAUCACAGACAUUUGAAGCUGAACUUGAAUUAUGGCAGAAGCUCCUUGAUAAAAAACUCCUGAUUAGUCCUGGAAAAGCUUUUUAUUGUUAUGAACCUGGAUGGUUUAGACUGGUUUUCUCCAAUUCUGUAGAUAAGAUUUACUUGUGUAUUCAGAGACUUGAGAAAAUGUUGCACAGUUACGCUGCUGAACCAGUCACAAACAACACAUCUUCUACUGCAGAUGCUUUAUGCAAUCCAGAAAAAGAUUCUUCAGGCAAACCUUCAAACACACGAGGAAAAGAUGUCUCCCAGCUAAAAAAUAUACUUGUUUAUUAAAAUCAUAUAUGCAUUUAAUGACUCGAUAUAGUUUAACGUGCUUGUUUUUACUAAAGGUGUGUGUGACUUCAGUAUUUUUGGCUGUAACCGUGCAUAACACUCUCACUUCGCUGUGACCUGGCAUUAAUAAUCUUGCAAGUGGACUUGCUAAUGUUGAAUUUUAAGGAAAGCAGACCUCCUGGAUAUUGUGAAAUUAGCCUCUGUUAAGCACAGCACUUGGGUUUACUCCAUUUCAAGUGUACUAUGUGUCAGUAAAAUCAGUGAGUCUUAAUAUAUACUUGCACAGUUGUUCAAUUAUUAAAUUUUGAAAACACUGGUAAAAUGGUUAUGCAUAUUACUAUAUAUUAUGUACUGUAUAUUUUAAUCAGAAUACAGAAAGUACUGUAGCUGGCAAAAUGUUUUUGUAUAUUCACGAUCUCUCUCUAAGUGUAAACUUUUCUGUAUAUGCAUGCUAAGUGAGUACUGAGAAGCAUUUAGAUUUUUGGCUUCUGGGCUGCCUUUCAGAUUAUUUCUGUGUGCCUGUAUUCAUUGGAUAGUGUUUUCAUACAUUAACUAUAAAAAACCCUUGAAGGUCUGUAAUGUAUACUCGUUUGGCAGAGUUGUAUGGGGACUUUUUUGCUUUGGUUUUGAUUUGUUGGGGUUUUAAAGUAUUUGCAGAAGUAAUUCACCAUUUGCUCCGUUAUUAAGGUUUGGUGAGAGAAAACUAGAACUGCAAAAUUAACAGACUGCUGUUGUAGAGGCUCAGUAGGAGGAUUGUCUCACUGUGGAUCCCUAAUAAACUUGGAAUUUGUGCUCCUGAUAGUAA